GGCGGGGCUGGAGGCGGGGCCGCCGCGCCGCCGUGUGUCGCUCUCGGUUAGUAAAGCCGGAGCCCAGCGAGAGGCGCCACUUACUGCCGCCGCCACAGCCACACACACACACACUGACAGAGCGGCCGCUACACAGCGCCGACUGACCCUCACACACACACACACACACCUCACACUCGCCUUCCCGCUCAGACACGAGCCACAGCUACAGAAGCGGGUCUGCUCCCCAUCUCCUCUCUCACACACACACACACACACAGCCCCGGCCACCCCCUGCCUCACCGUAUCCCAAGAUGGUCGACCGAGAGCAGCUGGUGCAGAGAGCCAGACUGGCCGAGCAAGGCGAGAGGUACGAUGACAUGGCGGCGGCCAUGAAAGCGGUGACUGAGCUGAAUGAGCCACUGUCAAAUGAAGACAGAAACCUGCUCUCUGUGGCUUACAAGAAUGUGGUUGGAGCCCGGCGGUCAUCAUGGAGAGUCAUCAGUAGCAUUGAGCAGAAAAACUCGGACGGCAACGAGAAGCGGCUGGAGAUGGUCCGUGCCUACCGGGAGAAGAUCGAGAAAGAGCUGGCGGUGUGCAACGAUGUUCUGUCUCUUCUCGACAAGUACCUUAUAAAGAACUGCAACGACUCUCAGUACGAGAGCAAAGUGUUUUAUUUGAAAAUGAAGGGCGACUACUACCGUUACCUGGCUGAGGUGGCCACUGGGGAGAAGAAGGCUGGUGUGGUCGAAUCUUCCGAGGCAUCCUACAAGGAGGCUUUCGAGAUCAGCAAAGAGCAGAUGCAGCCAACCCACCCCAUUCGCCUAGGGCUGGCCCUCAACUUCUCAGUCUUCUACUACGAGAUCCAAAAUGCACCUGAGCAGGCCUGCCACCUGGCCAAAGCAGCCUUUGAUGAUGCCAUCGCUGAAUUGGACACAUUAAACGAGGAUUCCUACAAGGACUCGACUCUCAUCAUGCAAUUGCUACGGGACAACCUCACCCUCUGGACAAGUGAUCAGCAAGACGAUGAAGCAGGAGAAAGCAACAACUAAUGGUCUUUCCUCUCUCCCGCCCCCCCCACCUUGAAUCACAUGCUAUAUACCCUAAUGCUAAUAUAUCUACUGUACACAGCUCUUCUAAUCUGCUGCACAACCAUCAGAAAAAAAAAUUCAGUAGUCUUCAUUGGUUGUGUUGGUUUGUGUUGAUAUUUAAGCCCUUUGCUGUAGUCGCACUCAAAUUGUGCUAAGAGCAAGGCAAUUUGACCGUGAAAAACCAUUUACAGAUAAUUUUGAUCUUUUAAAGGAAAUACUAGCGGAUUUUAGAACAAGCAAAUAAUUACCGUAUCAAGUUAUAAAUGGAAAUUGGAAAAGCUGUGACUUUGUGUCAGGCGUUCCGCCCUGUGCAUGCAGAAACUACAGUAUCCCUGUUGUUACUCCAGUAACUUCAAACGUGGGUCAGCAAUCGACUGACUGUAUUGUAGCCAUUACAUAAUAGUCUGCUAGUUUUCAGCCAAUGAACUUUUUUCAUCCAUGAAUUAGACUUAGAUAGCUGGGAGGACUGGCUUCUUUUGUGUUGCUCAAUAUUUUUGCUAUGUUAAUUUAUAUGGAGCUAUACAAUGUACACACAGAUUUUAGGUAAUGCAUUGCAUCUGCUAAAAUGUUUUGAUACUUUGUUUAAGAAAAACACACAUUUUGUCAGAUGUUUGUUUUAACCUAAGUGGUUUAUAAUUUUGUAAAACAUCUGCUACCAAUCAGUUUGCAAGUGGGUUUGAUAAAUGCAAGACCAGAUUGUAUUAGACAGCAUUGAAAUGAAGGUUGAUGGAAUGCCAAACCUUAAUUAAAUGUUCAAUUGAAUGGAUGAAAUAAAAUGCUGCUUAAGGUGUA